UCGGUUUUUAUUUUUCGUCUAAUAGCAUAAUGUAAGUUGUCUGCGCAGUUAUGUUUUUUUUUUAUUUGCUACGAUUGUCAAUCACCAUCAUCUGACUAGUAAUUGUAGAUAACUAUCCUGAAUAUUUUAUACAAUAUUUAUUAACCACCUGCAAAAUUGUUCCGGUAUUCCGUCAUGAUGCAGAAAUCAGCAUUGAUGGUCUUGAGACAUUAUUUGCGACGUAGUUGUGUGCGUUACGCAUCGAAUACUCCGUAUUUUGAUUGGGAAGAUGCGCUAAAUCUCGAUCAUAAUUUAACGGCUGAAGAACGACAAUUGAAGGCCUCGUUCAGAGACUUCUGUCAGAAAGCACUCAUGCCUAGAAUAUUGAAAUCAAAUCGUGAUGGCGUGUACGAAAAAGAAGUUCUCAAAGACAUGGCAUCAAUGGGCGCAUUGGGAUGUACAAUCGGGGCUUACGGUUGUACCAAAGUGUCACAGGUCGGAUACGGUCUAAUCGCUAGAGAAGUGGAAAGAGUCGACAGUGCUUAUAGAUCUGCUCUGAGCGUCCAGUCAUCGCUCGUCAUGCAUGCGAUAAACGCAUACGGAACCGAAGAUCAGCGGGAACGAUACCUGCCACGGCUUGCCACCGCUGAUCUGGUAGGUAGCUUUUGCUUAACCGAACCAAAUGCUGGCAGUGACAUCGGGAGGAUGGAGAGCAAGGCAAGAUACGAUUCGGAGACCAAGUCGUACGUUUUGAACGGAGCUAAAACGUGGAUAACUAACUCACCGGUUGCUGACGUGUUCGUUGUGUGGGCUAGGUGCGACGACAGCGUCGUCCGAGGAUUUUUAGUAGAUAGAGGCACAGCGGGUUUGUCAACCCCUGUCAUACCUGGAAAAAUGUCACUGAGGGCGUCCUGCACCGGAUCUGUAUACAUGGACAAUUGUAUAGUGCCUGAGGACAGUCUUUUGCCCGGCGUCUCGGGUAUGAGAGGUCCCUUUGGCUGUUUAAACCACGCCCGUUACGGAAUCGCGUGGGGCGCUUUCGGGGCGGCUGAAGCGUGUUUGUCUGUUUCCCGAUCCUACUGUCUGGAUCGAAAACAAUUCGGCAAACCAUUGGCUGCUACUCAACUGAUCCAAAAAAAAUACGCCGAUAUGGUCACAGAAAUAUCUAUCGGCUUGUUGGCGUGUUUGCAAGUUGGCAGGUUAAAAGAACAAGGAUUAGAAACACCGGAAAUGAUAUCGUUGAUUAAAAGAAACUCUACUGGUAAAGCGUUGGACAUUGCGAGGUGGGCGAGGGAUACGCUCGGUGGAAACGGCAUUAGCGACGAGUACCACGUGAUCAGACAUCUAAUAAAUUUGGAAACUGUAAACACCUACGAAGGCACCUACGACGUCCACGGUCUGGUAUUGGGCAGAGCGAUCACUGGUAUACAAGCUUUUAAAUAACUGCUGAAACUUUAACUUCGGAAAUACACACUUAUAAAAAAAAAAAAAUAUGCUGAUUCUAUGACUAAAACGAUACUGAGCAGCUAUAAACUUCAUAAAUCCAUUCACCAUUGUCGCUAUCGGCUUAUGAUUAUUACAUAAACUACAUGGCGGAUGUAUACUGACAGUCUUAAUGUCUUUUGAUUUUGUGCGUCUUAUAGUACGUAUACGUCGUAUACCUUUGUUAAUAAUAUAUAUGUGCAUUAUGUGUAAUAAAAUAUUUUUAUCUUUAA